UCGUUUAUUAUUACGCCGCACCUUCUUCAACUAGAUAGACAAGCGGACUUGAAAUUCAAACCUAAAAGUUUACAGGCCAUGGAAGACGUACUGACAGAGAUUCCGCCACCUUCGAGGUUCUUCCAGGAAGAUCUCAACAACUUCACACCUCCAUCACCACCCCUUCCCUCGCCUUUCCUCUUGCUCUCUCAAAACCCUAACGACUCUGCAGAGUCGCCUCUUCGCCCUUCUCUCCUCAUCAUCGCCCUUUCCUCCCCAUCUCUCCAUCUCUUCCACAACGUCUCCUUCAAAACCCUAAUCGGAACCCUAGUCCUCCCCGAGAUCCCCUUCUCCGGAAACUCCAUCAACCCCUCUCUCAAAGACAAGUCUUGCAACAUCUACUCUCUCGAUCGCCACCAAAACCCUAAAAACCCAACCCUCCUCGUCUCCUUCCAGUGCCCAAUUGCCGCCGAGAGAUGCCACGCCUUGGCCAAGUUGCUCAUUUCUCAGCAGAUUGUUCCUCAUAGGGUUCUGAUUCUGGACUCGAUUCAGAGCCGGAACUUCAGAGGCAAACUUUCGAGGGAUGAGGCGGUGGCGUUCAAGUUGGAGACGACCUCGGAAAGAAAGGCCCCAUCUUUGAGCUUGGAGUACUUUCCGUCGGCCAGCGUCGUUGAUGGGUUGGGCGCGGCUCUCUUGGCUGCGUGUGAAAUCAACAACAUCAAGGCAACGCUUUGUGUGACAUGGCCUCAAUUUGGUGCUUCAGUGCUGUCCCUGAUCAGAUCCCUCAUCUUUACUGCGUUGGAUUUGGAUUUGAGCUUCAGCACUGGGGUUGAUGAUUAUGUGAUUUUAGGCCAAGAUAAGGAUCACCAUCAACCUUUUGAUUCUGAUUUGUAUACUUGAUGUUAAAAACUUGUUUUGGGUUCAAUGUCAAGCUCUUGAUCGUUUGAAUGUUUGAAAAAUGUCUCUACUUUCUUUGUAAUAAUAGUGAAUCUUGUGGUUAUUGAUGCAAUCUGUUAUGCUAAAUCAAACUCAAAUCAAAGCCUGUAUUUAGUUA